AUGGCCGUAGCUCUCCCUCACCACCAUCACCAGCUCAAGCCCUCUGCCGCCCAUCGCUGCAAACUCCAAUCCUUCACCCAACUCGACUUCUCCUCCGUCCUUCACCUCGCCGCCCGCUUCCAUCGCAGUUUCUCCACUCCCUGCCUCUCCCUCUCCCCCAUUUCUUUCCCAGACCAUGACCACCAAUCUUACACCGACCCCCUCGGCCCCCAACUCGAAAUCCUUGCCGCCGUCGCUACCCCCGGAGUCCGCGCCCUCGUCGACGAGGUCACCACCGCCGUGGCCUCUGGCAUCGACCCCGUCCCCGUCGCCACUGGCCUCGGCGGCGCCUACCUUCUCCGCGCCCCAAACGGCAACGGGAUCGCGGUUGCCAAACCUAUGGACGAAGAGCCACUUGCCUGCAACAACCCGAAAGGCUUCGUGGGUCGGACCCUCGGGCAGCCCGGGUUGAAACCUUCCGUCCGGGUCGGCGAGACUGGCGUCCGCGAACUUGCCGCCUACCUCCUCGACCACGGGGGAUUCGCCGGCGUUCCUCCCACUGCCCUAGUCAAAUUCUCCCAAGUCGGCUUUAACGUCAACAAUCCGGCCGCGAUCCCUGCCGCAACUCAGAAGAUCGCCUCGCUCCAGCGGUUUGUGGAACACGACUCCGAUGCCGGAGAUCUAGGCCCGUCGGGAUUCUCCGUCGUGUCCGUUCACCGGAUCGCGAUUCUUGACGUUAGGCUACUGAAUCUAGACCGGCAUGCAGGGAACAUACUUGUCAGAAACAGCCGACAUCAGAUCAACGUUGCCGGAGAAGCGGAUUUGGUGCCCAUAGAUCACGGGCUUUGCCUGCCAGAGUGGAUUGACGAUCCGUACUUCGAGUGGUUGCAUUGGCCUCAAGCUUUGAUCCCUUUUUCUGAUUCAGAAAUGGAGUACAUCUCUCAUCUUAGUCCAUUCAAGGACGCAGAGCUUUUGCGAACCACGGUGCCUUCUCUCCGGGAAUCAUCAAUUCGAGUGUUUGUGAUUUGCAGCAUUUUCCUGAAGCGCGCGGCGGCCGCGAGGCUAUCCCUCGCCGACAUCGGCCGAAUGAUGACCCGAGGGAACUUUGAAGAAAGCGCAAGCAUGCUAGAGAACGUUUGCUUGGAGGCCAAGGAAAGAAUGGCCAACACACACAAUGGGGAGGAUACCUUUCCUGGAGAAGAAGAAACCCUAGAAGUAGAGAUGAUUAAGUACAUGGACAAGGAAAUUGAAAAUAGUUCCUAUAUUGGGAUUGCAGAUGUUCCUCGCUGGCUCCGGCAGACGCCUCCUGAGGUCGCUAAGCCGCCAAAGAUCCCGAGGUUUUCAUUGGCCGGAUUGGAUGAAGAAGAUGGAUGUGGGAGGGACAAGGCUGGGGGGCUGACCAAGAGUUUAAGCUUCUCAGAGACAAACCACCAUAGCCAUGAAAAUGGGGGAGUUUCAUUUGGAGAGAUGAGUGAGAAUGAGUGGGAAUUCUACUUGGUGAGCUUUGAGAAGGUUUUGGGAGAGGCAUUAAUGGAGUGCACAAAGAGCAAUAUGGGGUUGAAUUUGAAGCUGCAGAGGUCGGGAACUUCCUGCAAGUUCUGA